AUGUUCAAGUCGUGCAACUACUGCCGCCACCGCAAGAAGAAAUGUAUAUUGCAGCCUGCGUCGAACCGCUGUGCCGAUUGUCAGUACCUUGGCCUAGCUUGUGAAUUCAGUCCUCGCCACCCAAGUGAGAAGCGACGGCAAACUUCCCAGAAGAUUGCGUCUCAGAUCGGAUUGAAUGGGACAAAGGGUUUGAGGACGAGAUCAAAACCUUCUGGUGGGAACGAUGGCGAUGAAAUAGAUGAGGCCAAUCUCAAAGAGGGCGACUGUCAACUUCGACUCGCGGGGAAGCGUGACAUGGCUAAGAAACGAUUGUUUCAGCCAGCAGAUCCUAUGGAUGGUCAAAGCAUGCAUACAUCACCGAUAGGCCAGUACUGUCGCCAUGUACAUCCAUUCUGGCCCUUCGUUGCUGCAGAAUAUCUGGCAAAGGGUGAAAUAGAGAUGGUCGAGAGUUUGCAGCAAUGUAUCGAUUCAGCCGUCGCAUUGUCUUUGAACUGCAUACACCAAACAGAAGAUGCACAAUUGCAUGCUAAUAAACUGUUUCAGUUACUUAAUCAAGAGACUUUAUCAAUGCCAACAAUCUCUGGCGCUUUGCUCUUGUGUUUCUUCCUUGACAUCGAAGACGACCUCGUCCAGAAGGCAAGUACCUACAGGACUAAGUUCUUUAUCUUUGAAACUACCGCGCAUGCUAUGAAGAACGAGACACUUCGAUUGCCUACUGCACUCGUGUCUGGUACUUUCGUCAUUAAUGUGUGGAGACGCCUCGCUGGCCAUGCUCACUCACCCCUUGAUUUAUCGCCUGAUAUUCUAGAGAGCUACUCUCAUGCUCUUGAUACUGAUACUUUCGGUCACCACUUCUUGCGUCUCUCGCGCCAUGCCGCUGAGCUCGAUCAGCGUUGCACUGCAAUUAACACGGAUGGAGUACAGCCAGACAGCCACCUUGUCUGGGCCAAACUCGAGUAUGACUGUUUUCUCUGGCAGGUUUGUUUGCCUUCAACACUUCUCGAUACCCGAGACGAUCUUCCAGCUACCCCCGGAUCUGUGGUCAUUCACUGUCUAUCGAAUCUGCUUUUGCUGUCAUUCUACAGCUUUGUGCUUGAGCAUGCCGACAGUUUAGGAAGCCUCAUCGCAUUACGGCCUGUUCCGGGUGUCCUUCUUUUCAUGUGUGCCCUUGCGCGGAGUACAUUCAUUUGUCCUCGCGUGUUGCUUGAUCGCAUGUCCCUCCUCAUCAGUAUACAAGCACAGACAGCACGUAUCAUGCUACGUGUCUGGCACCAAACUGGUUACGAAAACUGCCGAGCCAUAUUGAAUCUCUGGGAAGACCCUCAUGACCUUUUCCCUGAGCUCUUUCAACAGAUUCGUACGGAGAUCGGACCUGGGCCUUGGGCGAUUGAGGAGAUUGACGGGUACUCUGUUUUCUGGACAUUCCGCGACCUGCGAACUUUAACAACAAAGUUCAUCUUCACGGGAAGGCCGUAA